AGCGUACGGGUACGACGACUACGAGAACAUACUGUCCGAGAUUUCUCGGCAUCAAAUCAGUUGCUUCGUUCAACUUCAGUUCAAUCGAAUCAAGAGCGGCCCGGACUACAGCUGCUCCACGCCAUUACAGAUGGAAACUCUCGACGAAAUCAGGAGACGACCGACCGGCCUCUACAGUGAUCCAUGCUGAAAAGACUACUAUCGCAUUUUUAUCACAACGCAAAGUCACCAUUCACCAUGCAGUCCGUUUUGUUGACAAUCCUCGUUUUGGUUCUGUCCGUCUUCUAUCUGGACGCAUUUCUGCCUUCCGAGCGCUUCCGCACCCGAUCCCAGAUCCUGAGAGCACGGCAGAGGGGUUCGCUGGUCUCGUCGCCGGAAUCGAGAUCGGCGUGGCCAUCGGGGCGCUCGAAACACGCCGGAAAUGCCCUGGCGGGAAGUUCCGUUCCGAACAACGACGCCGGCGGCGAGGGAGCAGCGGCAGCCCUCAGCCACAAGGACAUUGUCUGGAAGCUCCGGCCCCCGGCCGGAACCGGCCGGCGGCGGCGGCUGUGGCUGCGGUUCGCGGCGAACGCCAUCCGGCUGGACUGCAUGGUCUUUCGCAAGCAGCUCCCCACCGCCCUGUGCCCCAAGGGGGGGCAGGCCCUGCUGGAGGCGCAUACACACGACGAAAACGGCAGGCUGGUAAAAAUCGGGCGGUUCGGGUUCACGACCGAGCGGGGGGCGCCCGCGGAGCCCAUCCAGGAGACGAUCGACGAUCUCUACGGCGUCAAGCAGCUGGCAGGCAUCGGGGCCAUCAUUUACAUGUUCGUGGAGCCCGAGUAUCGGGGACGGAACGUCGGGACACUGGCCCUCGAGGUGGUCCGGUGCAUCCACGCGAUCCAGAACAUCGAUUUCACGGUGCUCGUGGUCGACGACGACGGCAGUGGGAAACUCAACGACUGGUACCGCGAGCGCGGAUACUCGGAGGCGCCAAAACUCCAAAACAUUCUCGGCAGCCCCGAUGCGGUGCACGGCAUUUCCAUGAUUGCACCGACGAGUUUGACACUCGACGAAGACUGUCGAAUAAAGUGGUGGUAAACGUGAAUCAAUCGAUUGGCUGUUG